UAUCGAAAAGCCACGAAAGUGAAUCUAUUUCUUUAAAAUCGAAGUAACGGAUCUAAAAUAUACUUAUAAUUUUUAAAAAUAGAAUCAAACUAAAUCAUUAACAGAACCGCAAAUGUUAUUAAACAGAAUCGGAUUCUUACUGCUUGUACUUCCAUUGUCAAGAUCUUCUGUUAUACGCGAGGCAGAACCAUUGUUUCAACCACCUCCCGUUUGCAAGCAUCAACUCUAUUGCGAAAACGCACCAAAUUAUCCAAGCAAUAUAGUGUCAAGAGAACUAAAGAAAAAUCCUCAUCUUCGAGGGUAUUCGUCUAUAGAUGAGGUAGAUUCGCUCACACAAGACGAGAAUGAACCAGAAACGGAGUCGCUUUGUCCCAGUACGGAAGAAAUUGUAGUUCCUAAAUCAGGUCUAACGCGCGAUGGAAUAUGGAUGUAUAUUCUAAAUGAUAAUAAUUUGAAUCAAAGUAUACGCAUCGAGCAAUGCUUAAAUAUAAUUCAUAAUAGGGAACGAGAUCGAUCAUGCAGGAUGAUCAGUGGGUUGGCUCAUGGAUACUAUACACAGUGCAAACAGAGGUACACAUAUCGUCAACUUUGGGCAUUAAAUAAUGAGGGUGCGAUAGUUCAGGAUUCAUUUCUAUUUGCAACAAGUUGUUGUUGUCAUGUCAAAUUCCGCACUGAUAAAUUUUUAAAAUCAUUUGAAACUAAGAGAUUUAAAUAAUGAGGAAAGGAGUUAAAAUAUUAUGCAUAUAUUGCUGUAGAUUAUUGUAGAUUCUUUUAAUAUAAAAUACAAUGUAAUUUAAUAAACUAAAUGUGUAUAAUGCAAUUGGAAAAUACAAAUGCAAAUAUUUUAUCAGUUGUUCGUGAGAUACAAAGUAUUAUCUACAUAGGUGGAAAUAUUUAGCUUUCUAUAUUGACAAAUGCAACUAUUUUUUAAUUUAUUUUACUUUCUUCAUAUU